AAGCUGGUGAAACACUUUGGCUGGACUUGGAUAGGUGCUGUCAAUUCAGAUUCAGACUAUGGAAAUAAUGGCAUGGCGUCUUUCCUGGAAGCAGCACAUAAAGAGGGAAUCUGCGUGGAAUACUCAGAAGCGUUCUAUCGAACAAACCCACGUAGCAGAAUCCAGAGAGUGGCAGAUGUUAUCCGGAGGUCAACAGCUAUGGUUGUUGUGGCAUUUACAUCCUCUGGGGACCUAAGGAUCCUGCUGGAGGAGCUGUCACUCAAGCCCUCUCCACCUCGCCAGUGGAUAGGCAGUGAGUCCUGGGUAACUGACCCAGACAUGCUGAGGUUCAGCUUUUGCGCUGGAGCCAUUGGAGUUGGUAUUGAGAAAUCUGUCAUCCCAGGUCUGAGAGACUUCUUGCUGGAUCUCUCUCCCUCUACAGUGUCUGCCUCUCCGUUGCUGACUGAGUUCUGGGAGAAUGCUUUCAACUGCAGGCUGGGAAAAAGUGCAGCCACAGACACGACUGUGUGUGAUGGAACUGAAAACAUACAAACACUCCAAACCCCGUACACUGACACAUCUCAGCUGCGAAUAACUAACAUGGUGUACAAGGCUGUUUAUGCAAUAGCACAUGCCAUCCAUAAUGCUGUGUGCCAGAAAACUAAUGCUACAACUCAGUGUUACAAAUUCACCAGGAUAGAGUCCAAAGAGGUUCUUAGUCAACUGAGGAAAGUAAAUUUUUCCCAGAAUGGUUAUGAUGUGUCAUUUGAUGCCAACGGAGAUCCUGUGGCCACAUACGAGCUGGUUAACUGGCAGAAAAGUGAGAGUGGGAGCAUUGGGUUGGUGACAGUAGGGCGCUAUGAUGCAUCACUGCCAGUGGGCCAGGAGUUCAGGAUCAACAGGAAGCUCACCUGGGUGAAUGGUGGCACACAAGUGCCUGUGUCAGUGUGCAGUGACAGCUGUCCUCCAGGGACUCGUAAAGUUCUACAGAAAGGAAAACCCAUCUGCUGUUAUGAUUGUAUACCAUGUCCCGAGGGAGAGAUCAGCAAUGACACAGAUUCCCCUGAUUGUUUCUCUUGUCCCAAAGAGUUCUGGCCUAAUGCUGAGAAAGACACUUGUCUCCCAAAGCCUGUAGAGUUUCUUUCCUUCAGCGAGGUCCUGGGAAUCAUCCUGACUGUAUUCUCAGUCGGUGGUGCCUGU